AUGGAGCAAGAAAUAGAGAGGAAUAUGGAAGAAAAACGUAGCAAAGAUGAAGUUUUGAUCAGUAGUGUAAAAGAAGAGCCUUUGAUAAUACUUGACGAAGAAGAAGAGAAUAUCGGGUGUGGGGGCGAUGGUGCAUGCGCUGUGGUGCCAAAACCAAUGGAAGGGCUGAGAGAAAUGGGGCCAUCGCCAUUUUUGAAGAAAACAUUUGAGAUGGUGGAUGAUCCUGCAACAGAUGUUAUUAUAUCAUGGGGUUCUAUGAGGAACAGCUUCGUUGUGUGGGAUCCCCAUAAAUUGUCCACCGAUUUGCUCCCUAAACAAUUCAAGCAUAACAAUUUCUCCAGCUUUGUUCGGCAGCUCAACACUUAUAGCUUCAGGAAGAUCCACUCAGACAGAUGGGAGUUUGCAAAUGAAGGUUUUCAGCAAGGGAAGAAACAUUUGUUAAUGCAUAUUAAAAGGAGAAAGAAAAAUUCUCAAAUCAUGCCGCAACAUGGGGCAGCACAAUCUUGGUUGGGCGUCACCAAGAAUGGGGCAGAGGCUGAGCUUGAAAAACUGAGGACUGAUCAGAAUGUACUGAAAGAAGAAAUAGUGAAACUGAGGCGACAACAAGAGAACAUGGAGCAUUGUUUAGCAACUAUUAAGGAUCGUUUGCAGGACACUGAAAUAAAGCAAAAACACACUGUUGUUUUCUUGAUUAAAGUGCUAAAAAAUCCUGGGUUUUUGCAGUACUUCAUUGAGAAAAUUAGAAAGAAAAGGGCAUUAACCAGUGGUGAAAGUUUGAAAAAACGAAGGUUGGCUGCUCCUGACUUGGGUAAUGGUGAUUUACUGGAAGCUAUGAGAACCAUUGAUACUGACGAGGUUGGUGGGAUGAAUGCUGAUGAUAAGCGGCUUCAAGUUCAAGAAGAGCUUACUACGAUUCAAUCAGAAAUACAAACAUUGUUCUCGUUCGAUGAAUCAAAUAGUUCAGAUUUGUCCUCUGAGAGUUUUUUCUUGUGGGAGGAACUCAUGGAAGAUGACAUGAUUUACGACCCGGAGGAAGCAAAAGAAGAAGUCGUCGAAAGGCAACAAUUGAAUAUGGCAUGGUUGUACCGGUAUCUACUGCAUAAUUCCCAGGAGGGUAAAUGGAAAGUGCUGCCGGACUGUUGUGUUGAGUAUUUAGUUGUAUAUUCUACCUAUUUUGUUGUUUGUAAUUUGAUAAAUGGCAAUUCUUCUUUCUUGUUUUAA